AUGAACCAGAGCCUCGAAGAAGCGAACAACGACGGCGAAAGCUACCUGAAUGACACUUUUUACUCUUCCACGUCUACUGACAACUUAGAGCAUGCAAGGACCUUUCGUAAUUCAGUGUUAAUGCAGGACAUGUCCGGAGAGAAACCUUACAACCCUGAACAGGAGCAGAUACCCAGCGAUCCUAGUGACACGCAGGGCAAGCAGUACCUCAAGUCGAAUACUAAUGACGCGAAUGACCGGGAAACGGAAACGAAAACGUUAACCGUCACUGCUUCUCCCUCUUUGAGCGCGCUCGCAGGAAUUCUCAACGAGAAAGCCAUUCAAGCUGAGAAAAAAAUGAGAUCCAGCAUGAUCCUCGACAACUCAAUACAGGAGUCAAUCCCCGAAGAGGAACACAGUGUACACAACUCUCCUGUUCUUAUUGACAUAGAUGGAACAAGCGACGGUAGUUAUAGACUCAAGUUUCCUCCUCAAAUGGCGCAUCUUCAAAACGAAAUUGAACAGCCAGAUUUUCUCACUACGCCAAGAUUAGACCCUCCGACGCCUCGUGUUGAGCCGGCAGACUCUGACUUGCCGAAUGGAGGCCAGCAGGAAAAACCACAAGAACAGGUUUCCAACGUCUCUUCGGAGCGUGAAAUUGAAACACAGAAUUCUAAUUCCCCUAAAGCAACAGCAGAGCGUGCGGAUAAUUCGCGACCUCUCCCAAGGAAGCAGGCUUCUUUGAGGUCUUUCUCUGGCAUGUCCGUGGGUUCUUUUGCGUCAAACGAACAACCUCUCAAAGAGUCUAGCUCGGGCAAAAAGAGAAAGAGCAUAUUCUCCUUUUUGAAGAAAAAACCUCGGAAAAACAGCUCGCUACUGUCUCAAGAUAACAGUUCUAGUGCUACCCUUCCUACUUCAGCGACAUUCUCAGUCUCAAAAUCUUACCAUGAAAAUGACCUUCCAGCUUCCACAAGAUUAACCAAAAACUCACCUAGUAAUGGGAGCAUUUUUAGCACGUUUAGGAAAAACAAGGCUUCCAAAAAAGAAGCAGCAGCAGCAGCAGAUCGCACUUUACAUGUUCCUAAACAGCGGGCUACCUCAGGCGACUCAAAUUCUUCUAAUACUGGAGGCGCUUCUCAACAAAAGCGUGGCGUGCAAACAAGAAAGCCGACGCCUCUUGACUUUGAGCAUGUUUCCCAAAAGGCGCCUUCUACACAACAUAAUUCACCAAUUCUCACCGAACCAUCUACCGAAUUACAAAAUACUCCACAACUUGUCGUGAAAUCACCUGUGCCAUCAGAAAAUAAAGUGCCAGACGACGUCGGCGAAAGUUUGCUGAAAGCAGACUCUGGCGGCGUUUUGUUUCCCAAGUCACUUAGUGCCCACGAGGUCGAAUCCAUUGUGUCCCUAGAGAGAUCAAGAUCAGUCAAGUCUGCAAAGAGAAACUCUUUGAAUUCGCACAGAGUCUCUUUGACCGAUAACAUGUCAGCCAAAAUAAACAAUGAUGGCAUGUUUAUCACCGAACCUUCGGCUCCUAAAUUAUCCACACCGGAUCUUACCAAGUCGCCUACAAGCAGUAUCUUGAGAAACGGAACCUUUGACACUCUAGAGUCUUCAACCCAGAGAGGGUCCUAUGCCGAGCCAAACAACUUGGGCAUAUCAAGUGCCGGGCUUCGUGCGCAAGACAGAGAUUUUUCUUUUACAUCAAUUGAACAGAAGCUCAAUGACAUCACUUUAGAUAGCGAAAGCGAGGACGAGCUAGCCGUUAACACCAAAAAAGCUUCCACUUCGGCAGGAGAGAACUUUGAUACUGAGCUCAUGUCUGACAUAAUGGAGUUUGCGAAUAUCAUUGAUUUUGGGAAAGAUCUAGAUCUGAACCUGGAUUUGAGUCAGGAAGACAUUAAUUAUAAGUCUCUCAACCCUUCUGACGUAAAACAGAGCGAGAAACUUCCGCGUGAUGAAAUGUCUGCAGACUCAUUCAACUUUAAUAGCGUCGCUCAGGUUCCGUUAAGCUCGAGUGGCGACCGGCAAUCUUUCUCACAGCACAGCUAUAGGAGCAGCAUCGAGAGAAAUGAUACCACUAACACUGAUAGGACUAGUUUCAGAAGGCAUAGUACCCUCCUGUCGCCGCCAUUGAACGAAGACACAAGGACUGAGCAGAUGAGAAACAUACUCAGUGCGGAUGACGACGACGACGAGUUCGAGGGUGAAGAUUUCAAUGAAUUGGAAGAAAAACUUGAAUCUCAAACGAUUGGUUCUCCUACAUGGCAGCCACCGCUAGACAAUCGGAACAGGCCAAUAUCGAUAUCCUUCAAAGGCCUCCGAGCAAACCAGUUGAACAGUUCAUCCAACUUAUCUGCUCUACGGCUAUCACCAUCAGACUACACAGUUUCUAAUUCGCACGAUUUAAUGUCUGAGCGCAAGUCUGUUUCUUUCUCCUCCAGCAUCGUUUUGUUUUCAACUUACACUGAAGACGAGUACGAUCGGCACCCUGAGGUGGCAACUUGCAAUCAACUAACUCCACAAUUGGCGCAGAUAAUCAAAGAGGAGCUCAACACCCUCAAAGCGGAGAUGGAAGUUCACGAAGAGUCUCGAUGCUACACACACUUUUUUUGA